CAGGCCCUUGUUGGUCGCACGUGUCUCGAUUGUUUCGUGCAGACUGUAUCUUGUGUGAUAAUCUUUACAAUUUUCGAUUAUAACUGGAUCACGGAACCAUUGAAGCGUAAACCGCUCCACUUGGCAUGUUUUCUUAUCAACAAUUUAUUAUAAUCUUCGGUGUUAGGUACCACUUGAGUUUGUCAUGCGAAAAGGAGUGGAAGUGUUUACAUUUGAGAGGAUUUUUUUCGUGUUUUCAUGAGUUAUUUGUGAAACUAUGUGAACUUGUUAAAAAGUGUGUACCUAGUGCAAUAAAUAUUUGGUGUUGUCUGGGAUAGUCUUUCAUUGCUGCUGUCCGAAACCUCUUUAAAACAAAUACAAUAAGAACUUACUGUUGUAUAGUCCGCCAGUAAUGAUAAAAUCCAUUUAUUAUAAAAAUAUUUACUGAAAAGCAAACUGAAAAAUAUAAUGAUGCGAACUUUUAGAAAUGUUAAAUGAAUAUGCGUUACUAUGUCAAAUAUAAUUAUACUUACUAACAAGUGGAUAGUGAAAAGUUACAUAAAAUGUUGCCAAUUCGUAAAAUCGCCCAUCGAACAUGUUUCUUUAUCAGCAGGACUGUGUACAUGACAUGCUGCUGCGGAUGUUGCUCCGCCCUACGCCCACGGUACAAGCGUCUCGUCGACAACAUCUUCCCAGCUUCCCCACAAGAUGGCCUGGUUAAAUCCAACAUGGAAAAGCUCACCUUUUACUCGCUCUCCAGCCCGGAGAAGCUCGACAGGAUUGGGGAGUACCUGUUCCAGAAGGCUUCGCGGGAUAUUUAUAGGCGGAGACAUGGGUUCGUGAUAAUUGCAAUGGAGGCGAUGGAUCAACUGCUCUUAGCUUGCCAUUCGCAGACCCUUAAUCUAUUCGUGGAGAGUUUCCUCAAGAUGGUGCAGAAGUUAUUGGAGUCUACCGACCCACAGUUGCAAAUUCUCGCCACACAGAGCUUCGUCCGCUUCGCAAACAUAGAAGAAGACACGCCGUCCUACCAUCGCAGAUACGACUUUUUCGUAUCGAAGUUUUCCGCGAUGUGUCAUAGCAACCACAGCGACAAAUCCACAAGGGAUAACAUACGACUGGCUGGAAUUCAAGGCCUACAGGGUGUGAUAAGAAAAACUGUGUCCGAUGACUUAGUUGAAAACAUUUGGGAAGCUCAGCAUAUGGAUAAGAUUGUACCGUCGCUUCUGUAUAAUAUGCAGACUGCAGAAAAGUACGAAACGGUGUCGUGCAUGGAAACUGACACUCGAGAUGGGAUAGAGGAAGAUCCGCCGCGCCUGGCCGAGGCGUGCUUACGGGAACUUGUGGGCAGAGCGUCCUUUGGACACAUACGAAGCGUACUACGACCUGUACUUACGCAUUUCGAUCGACACGAGCUAUGGGUGCCGAACGACUUUGCCGUGCACACAUUCAAGAUCAUUAUGUUUUCCAUUCAGGCCCAGUACUCCUACAGUGUAGUGGAGGCACUAAUGCAACACCUGGACGUGGGCGCUCCAGGUAACGCGGAUGCACGCGCCCGCACGCGCGUUCGCGCGGCGCGCGCCGCCGUGCUCAGCAACAUUGUGGCCAUCGCGGCGGGGGAUAGCGUCGGCCCAUCUGUAUUGGAGAUUAUAAACAAUCUUCUCACGAACCUACGUGCUUCUGUCGCCAGAGAUUCUGAGAAAGAAUCUGACGAAAGAUUAUACCAAGAGGCACUUAUCAAUGCUCUGGGGGAGUUCGCAGACCACUUGCCCGACUUCCAGAAAAUAGAUAUAAUGAUGUUCAUCGUCAGCAAGAUCCCCAGCCAGCGCGGCAAGGGCACUAAAGCUGACGCGAUGCUGCAGAGCAUCCUGCUCAAGUCCUUGCUAAAGGUGGGCACAACAUACAAAACGACGGAGCUAAGCAAGGCGUUCCCCGCGGCUUUCCUCGAGGCUUUGCUGCGCAUCUCCAGCACCGGCGAGAGCGCCACGCGCGCGCUGCUGCAGCGCAUCCUGCACACGCUGCUCGACCGCAGGGGCAACGCCACUGCGCUCGUCACGCCCACUGUGGAAUACGCGGAGCUGGGUCUUAUCGUCGAGAAGUGCUCCCGUCCAGAUCUCAUUUUCAUCAGCAAACAUGGAUACGCCAUUUUCAGUUCCCUAUAUGAUGGUCUACAACUAGAAUCCAAUACGGCAGAGAACGUCAGUGCAAUCUACACUACUCUGGCACUGUUAUGCAUCGAACUCGCUUCCGAGGAAACCGUCUGUGACAUGCUGCAGUUGAUAUUAUCUAUUCAGCAUUCGGCCAUGUCAAACCCGGUGCUGUCUACAGCACAGCAGUGUCAGCUGCACGCCAUCACCAUCGCGCUGGCAGCGCUGGUGCCGCACGUGCUGCUGCUGCCGCGGCUCGCGGAGUACAUUGGCCAGAUAAUAGAAGCUCGCCGCGAGGAGGCGCCACAUCUACUGCCUCCUCUGGAAGAGACAUAUGAACAUCUCUCCCCCAACAAGAUGCCCAAUAAAAUGCCGUAUCUCAUGAUUGACCAGAUGGCUCUUGGUGACUGUCUAAAAGCUCACGGCAUAGAAGCCAGUAGACUGCAAAGUGCAUCUCCAUACAGUGGGGGAGCCAAUCUAGCGCAUAGACAUAGCUGGGUUGAAGCGGGAGCUGCGCAAGGCCGAGACAGCUUGGCUGACAUAUCAGCGGGGCCGAAUACUGAGCUGGUUGACAGCGCCAACAGCUCGCCAGGCGUGCAGCGGCAUCCAUUGCAACUGGAGAACGUUAGCCUCGAAGCGCUUCGUCGCGCGGCCAGCGGCCCCAGCGAAGCAGAGAAGCGCGAAGCGGAACGACGCAGGGUCACUCUGAACAACGCCUUCCGCACCGCGCCAUUUGAUCAUCUGGUUCACUUGACACAACCUAAGUACGAGAUAAAGGACAAACUCGAGGAGAUAUUCAACUCUCUCUCCGAGGAGCCCCUGUUGUCGGGCGUGGGGGGGCUGGGGGUGGGGGGCAGCGGGUCGCCGGGCGCCAAGUGCCACUCGCAGCAAGUGCCCGCCUACACCAAGUACUUCCCGGAGCUGUUCCUGUACUAAUGGCCGACAUAACGAGACGGGAGACGUAAUAAAAUCGCAAGCAAUAAAUGUACUCAAUCUGUAGCUGCUUUGCAUAACAAUACAAUGUUCACGUUCGCUUCCAAAACCUAAUGUAAACUAAUAUUUUUAUUACUUUCAUUCCAUUUGAAUGAUUCGACUAUGGCUUAUGACUUACUAAAAACGAUAGUAAAUCUAUGAAUUUUGAUUAUUUAUGAACAAUAAUAGAGGUCGGGGUUAAAUAAUGGGUCACUGAAACUUAGAAAAAUUUAACAGAUUCACCAGAAAGGGUUUUCACAAAUCGGAGUAUUGACGGAGAGAAGUAUUGCACCAGAAAACAGUGUUGUGUGAGCAAACUAAUUAUUUCUUACUCAUUAAAUUAUGGGUUGGUCGAUAAUAUUAUGGUGAUACGGGUGAGAAAUGGUGACGAGUGUGACAUAGGUAAAGAUACUAGUGAGGGAACUUAGAUCAUAAUUAAAAAUUAUAGAAUUAUAUACUGUAUUCUCAAUAAAUUAUAUAUAAGUAGGUAAUACUAUUAAAUUUGGAAUUAUGGAUGAUUUUAGUCGAAUUGAACUUUAACAGCAAAUAUAAAACAAAGGAGCAUCCCAUAAGCUUCUUUAUAGCGUAACGAAAACUAUAGUGGGGGGGAGGGGGGGGGGGAGGAGGCUACAUAAUAUUUUCGAUUGAUAAUUGUUAGAAACGCGUCUUCUAUGUUUUAUCCUUCGUUGUUUUUUGUUGUUUGAUUGUACUUGAGUAUCUCAAUUACAGGUUUCAAUAAAAUAGUGCUAUCCUUUUUACAAUGUUCUCUGCGGAAAAGGAUACAACGAUUUUUGACCAGUCAAUUGAGAUAUUAAUGUUCAAAACCAUGUAAGCUCCAACAUGCCUUAAUAUGAGCGUAAGAAGAAACGAUUUAAAAACUAAAGUAUAGACAAAUAAAUUAGUUUUAGUAACUAUUAUUACUCUAGUAUUUUAAUAGGUUUACCGGAUUUGUAUUAAUUUUUAUAUCCUAGGUAUCUACAUUCCAAUAAUGAUUUACUUUUUCGAGAUAUUGAUAAAAUGGAAUCUCUUGUAUUUAAUAGCCAAAUUUUAAUUUAUGUAAUCGGUAAUACAGUCAGUUAAAAUGUUAAAAAAAAUAAUAUAACAUCGAUCAAAAAAAUACUGAUUUUUUUACCGAUUGCAAUGAAAUGAACACAUAACUAGCCUAAUUUUUGUAUUAUCAAUUUUAAUUAUUUCUAAGACUUCUAUUUAAUAAUAAUUAAUUAUUGUACUAAAGUUUAUCUACACUUAGAAGGCGAAAAAACUGCAAAGUACGUAGUUCUAUUAAGUACUUUUAAAUCUGGCCCUAGGUAUUUUUAUCUAGGUAUUUACUUCUUCAAUAUUGAUAAUAUGCGUUAGACAGAUAUUUAAUUAGAGUCGCAUAAAAUUGCAUGUUUGUGAAAUAGGCAUCUUUUCUUUUAAAAUAUACUCUUACCAUACGAAUUAUACAAAUAGCUAAAUAGCAUUUUUGUAAUAUUACUAUCUAAAUAGCUCAAGUAUAUUAUUCUUCAGGUGCGUUCGAACUGUGUAACAUGUUUUGGUAGUGAACAAUGUGGACGUCUUAUACAAUAAAUGUUUGAUAAUAUGUUACAUAAUCUGGACUCAUGUUUACUUAAGGACCAAUUUCUGUAGAUAUGUGCAAUACAAUAGAGGAAUCGACUUUCCAUGUUCAAAAACAGCUUUUAAAUAAAAGUACCACCCACUCUAAAGCCGAAGUUAGUACGUCGGUAAGUAUUUGCGAGCAAAGUCGCUAUAUCGUGUCAAGAACUAUAAAAUUACUUCUGGAUUCAGUGGCUGGUACAAAGUAAAUCAAUCGUUAUAGUUCUCAUAGCGUUUUAAACUUUACAAUAAUCAUCUAGGGCCUGAACUUAUAACAUGCAUUUCUAUUGACCUUAUACUGUUGUUAUCUUCGUACUUAAUGUUAAAUAAUAUAGACGUAAUUAGGUUGUGUUCAAACAAUAAUAAAUGUGGUUCGGACGA